GAGUCUUCUGCAGGGACAACUGCCCCCAGACAUCACCUGCGUAGUCAAAGGAACAGCCGCACUUUUCCAGGUGACAGCCAGCGCUGUCUGCGGAAGGUGCUCUCUGGUGCCGCUGAGGGUCGUCUUCUUCAGCCUCUUGCUUCCCACUGCGGCACCAUGAAAAUCCUGUUUAGUGACGUUCUGCUGCUGAGCCUGCUCUCCAGCGUGUUCAGCAGCUGUCCCAGGGACUGUCUCACCUGCCAGGAGAAGCUCCGCCCAGACCCUGGCAGCUUUGACUUGAAGGUAUGCAUCCUCCAGUGUGAAGGAAAGGUCUUACUCCGUCCCCUCUGGACUGCAUGUGCCAAAGUCAUGGCCAGUGACCCUGGGCAGCUCAACCCUGCUGACCCAGAGCUCGUGACAGCUGCUCUUUACCAGCCAAAAGCUUCGGAGAUGCAGCAUCUGAAGCGAAUGCCCCGGGUCAGGAGCUUGGUGCAAGCGGCAGAUACGGAGCCUGGCACUGAUGAUGCCGACGAGGUGGAACAGAAGCAGUUGCAGAAGAGGUUUGGGGGCUUCACUGGGGCCCGGAAGUCGGCCCGGAAGUUGGCCAACCAGAAGCGGUUCAGUGAGUUUAUGAGGCAGUACCUGGUCCUGAGCAUGCAAUCAAGUCAGCGCCGGCGCACUCUGCACCAGAAUGGCAUUCAGGUGACCCCCCGAACAGCAUGUGUCCACACCCAGAAGUGCCGGCCGGGAGUCAGGAUUCCUUCUUCCCUGAGGCAUUGAGUACCCACAGCAACCCCCUGCCCGGUUGUUGCCCCCUCCCCAUGGCAUGUUUCACCACAAUCCUGUUGCUACAUCAGAGUGUAUUUUUGUAACUCCUCCAGCUAACAUUUCAACGGCCCUGUCUUCUCCCUCACCUUCUGCCCUCUUCUAGGGCCAGGGGAGAGGAAUGUGAAAUCAGACGCAGGGUCUUGCCUUGUCACUGCCAUAACCUGUUUGUAAAAGAUCUGUUCUUUUUGACCGAUCGUUUGAAACAACU